GCCCACUGCCUUCUCGGCUCCGAGCAAGUCCAGCUGCGCCAAAAGGAAGCGAGCCUCGCAGAAGUGUUUGAGCGGAGCCUUCCUCGCGCGCAUUGCUCAGCCAAGGGGUCGGGCCCCUCCUCCCCUCCUCGAACCAAUAGGUGCCGAGCUUCAUUUGCAUAUUUCUAUAAAGCGCCGGCUUGGGCGGGGUGGGGGGCAAGCGCGAGUAUCUUGCCUUCGUGCCAUUCCGAGGGCGCCCUCUGAAUCCUCCCCGCCUUCCCACGGCACAACUUGAGGGGAAACUUUCCCGCCCGGACGCCGCCCGCCACCUUGCGCUCGCGGCGCUUCUACCCCGGUCUCCGGAGCGAUGGACAGGCGCGCGCUGCUGGCAGCCCUGUGCCUCGUCGCUCUUGCCUCCCAGCCCGCCGCCCCGAGCAGCAGCAGCAGCAACGCCGCCGCCACCAGCACCACCUCGGUCCCAAGUAAGUGCAGACCCGCUCGCAGCCCAGAGAGCGAGGCGGCCACGCGACCAGCGAGCGCUCUGCGAAGCGAACCUGGCUGGGGUUGGCGGGAGAGAAGGAGCGUUGCGCGGCGCCCGCGCUGGCUUUGGGGUGGCGGGAGGGCGAGCAGUAGUAGCAGGUUAAACGCGUCGAGCGGGCGGAGUGGAAGGGAACCCGCGGAGGCGGCUGAGGAGCAGAGAGGGCGGGAGGAGGACAAGCGGACGUCUGGAGCGAGAGGAUAAGGCGCUGGUCGGUCAGAAGCGGGCGCCAAUUUUCGCGGUGGGUCUGGAAGGGCGGCUGACAGGGCGAGCUCACUGGGAAGUAAUGCGCGCCGACGUCAGGGGACUUGGCUCCCAAGUUUGAGUGCAGGGGCGCCUCCGGCAUCCCGGGACGGUGCCAAGUGUCAAGCGGGGAGGGGGGGGUGUUCGGAGAAGUUCAUACCCGAGGAUGGUAGGGAAAGGUAUGCGCGGAAGCGCGGAGGACCCUGUAAGGGCUUGUAGCACAGUCCGCGUUUCCGCAAGCAGUCCAGCGCGCGCGGGAUGAGGCGGCUUAAGUUUUUGCCGCCUGCCCGCGACUGCGGAAGAAGCAGGUGUGCUGUUUAGUGGUGAACCUGCCCCGCCCGCUAGGGCUUCUCUGUGAUGAGGCGCCCUUAAGAGAAGGGCCUGCCGGUUGGACCAUUGCGCGGCAGUUUUGUGCGUAUUGGCGGGGAAAUGUGAGGCGCCGCGGAAGGGAGAGAGAGGGGAGAAGACGACCCCAGAUUGGAAGGGCGAAAGGAAUGGGAGUGGUGGCGGCGGGUUAAGAUACAUAAAGAAGUUUGGGGACGCUUGACGGGGUUACGAUGCCGCAGCUCGACGCCCUGCGGAACUUGAGCCGAAAAGGAAAGGCGCGCUGAGGCGAAGGGUUUGCGGGGCUCGGCGUGCGCGUCGGGGAGGCGCAGGUUCUGCGGCUCGGGGCGCGCACGCUGCCAGGCGCCAGCUUCCUUCCCGCCCCUCGGCUGCUUUUGCGCGCUUCCUUGUUGCUGCCCGCCGCCCUUCCUCGUGCCGGCGCCGCCGCCGCGUCAGGAGUGGGCAGGGCGGCUCUCCUCCGGCACCCGCGCGCUCUGGAGGAGUGUGCUGGGCGGGGAAGGGGCCCGCCGGCUGACGGCUGCUGCUGGUGACCGCUAGUAACUCCUCCGCUCGCGAGCCCAGGAAUCCCUGGAACGUGGGCCAAGGUCACCCUGGUUCAAGGGCUGCUGGGAGCCGGUGCAGGCAGGGAAGGAGGGAGGGAUCGUGCGGAGGGAGAGCGGCUGCCGCCUCGGCUCCAGCUUCCGUGCCGGGGAAAGCCUGGCUGGGAUGCUCCCUGGAGGAUGAAAGCGCCACUCAAGGGAGGGAGGGAGGGAGCGGGGAGGAAGUGCCUGUGGAAAGUUGUGUAGUAACCAGAGAGGGAAGGGAAGGGAAAAGCGCUGUUUCGCGGGUGUUUUGGUCUCCACAGAGUGCGUUGGAAGUCAGUCGUCUAAUCCUCAUGCAGGCGCAUGUACUUGUGCCCAUUGGAUGCCAAUAUAGCCACACACACCUAAUCUCCAGAUGCAACCCUUAGAGAGCAGGGAAGAAAGCUGAAAGGAUGGAAGAGAGACUGGCCAUACACUAGGUUUGCAGUUCAAGGGAGAUAGAUGGAGAGUGCCUAAAAUUCUCCUUUCCGCCCCUCACACAAAACUUGGCAAAGUGUUAGCAAAGGGCUUCUCUAAUCGCACUGUGCACACUGCAUGUUUUCUGUCUGCAAGAUGUAGCCCUUGUUUUCUGGUAUAUAUACUCCUAGUAAAGUACUUUAGCUGACUACCACCACCCCAUUGGGCUCCUUGAAGAUGUUGAUGUUGUUGUUGUUGUUGUUGUUGUUGUUGUUAUUAUUUAAAAGCCUUAGUCAGAGUUGCUAGAGUUGUUGAAAGUCCAAAGUUGCUUGUGCAGAAAAAGCACCUAUUCAUUGCUUUUUAAAAGCACCUUUCACGACUGUAGGUAACAAGUUACCAUCUGGUAAGGUAGUGUUCAGUAUUCAGGCCUACAUAUUACAGAUUAGUCACUCUGUGACCACAUUCCAAUUUUCAUAUGUUGCAUUAUUCCAGUCUUAUGGCUGCAUGAGCAAAAUGGCAGGACUAAUGUGCUUUUAACAGAUUUGUGAUGGGUAGAAACAGCAAGUUCUGCCUUCCCUAGCUUCGGAUAUUCUGAAGUCAAGGUUCAUUUUACAGUUCACUUGCUUGCUUAACAGGUUGUAGUGAAGAAGGAGAUCCUUUAACCAUGAUCCUGGGUUCACACAACACACAAAACCAAACCUUGGCUUAGUUGCUGUGCCAUACUGACAUAAUAAGCCUGAGAAGGAACAAAAGAGGGAAAUUCUCCUCUGGGAGGUAGCAUGUUUGCAUGGUAAUGGCAAACCAAAUUCUGACUUACCAUGGCAUGUGAAGAAGGCAAUAAUUUGAGCACAUGUGGAUUCUUUCAGAGUUUCUGUCUCAUGCUGCUCUGUGAAUAACACUAGCAUGCAUGUCCUGCUCAGGCUUCUUUAUUUAUAUUGGGGGUGGGGAGACCAUUCACAUUUAUUUUGCAUGUGUAAGGUGGCAGUUCCAUUCCAGAAGUUACUACAAUGGAUUCAAACACAGUGCAAGCAUACCUGUGCUGGAUCACUGCCACCUGGGAGGCCAGCAUCUAGAGACCAGAUCUAGAGGACAUUGCGGGCAGCAGACAUUUGGCCAUGCCUCUGUUUAUGAACUUAAUCAGUUCUGGAAGUCCGUUCUUAAACCAAAACUGUUCUUAAACUGAGGCUCGCUUUCCUUAAUGAGGCCUCCCGUCACCGGUGCCCUUCCACCACUCGGAUUCCAUUCUUAGACCGAGGUAAAGUUCUCAAACCAGGACACGUUUUCCGGUUUUGUGGAGAUUGUAAACCAAAUCGUUCUUAAACUGGACUAUUCUUAAACCGAGGUACCACUGUACUGUUAAGUCCUGCAUACUUCACCAGCAAAAGUUUAGGCCACCAGUCUAAACUGGGCAGAACAGGACCACACAUCAUCAGCUUGAAACGUUCUGUGCUGUGCUCUGAAAGCAUACAUAGCUAAAAUGCAGAAAAUGAAAAGAAUGACAAGGAGAACUCUUUAGUCAAGUAGGAAAACCCCCAAAUAUUUUCUUAAUCCCCCUUGCAAAAUACCUCACUUGCAACCAAGUUAAACACCCAUUUCUCAAAGAUUAGGCUUGGCCUCUGGUUCACCAUCGGGUGUCAGUCAGUGGGCUUUUGUUCCUGAUCAGUGAAGCUGUUUACAACAUACCACUUGCCAGCCAUUGAUCACAGCAUCUUUUUUGUGUCCUUCCUAGUGUGUUGGAUCAUAAAGUCAGUGAGUUACACUGCAGGAAGUUAAGUUAAUGUAGCUUAUUUAAUACAUAUUUUCCCUAUUUCCAUAAUAGGGAAAAUAAUAACUACUUGAAAGGAACUUGGCAAAGCUUCAUUUUAUUGUGAAUUGUAGAAUUAUAGAAAGUUUGUGACUAAUAACUUAACAUAACAUUGGUCAGUUAACAGCUGAAUUGCCAGCUUCUUAUCUGUAGCAGUUGUUUCCGGAAUACACUGUGUAAAUGCUGAUACAGUAGUUGCAAAUUUUGAGUAUUGUUGUUCAUGUAAAUUGCAACAGUUUUGUGCACGAAGUUCAAUAAAUGCUCUCCUGCGCUCAGCUGAUAUGAAUGGUGGUUGCAGUGUUUUAUAGAGAAUACUCUUUCCCUGAUUUUAAACUAGAAGCCUUCUUUUCAUUUUUCGUGGCUAAUGAAGCUUCUCUCCUGGGAUUAAUAACAGCGUCAGGUGGAGAGGGUGGGGCUUCACUGGAAAACAUUAACUCUAUCCCUGAUUGGAGGUUUUGAUUGGGCCUCCAGAUGGUUGGCAAUACAAAUUGCAGCAAUAAAAUAAUUCUAAUGCAAGUGUUAGUGUUGCAUCCUGCUUUUUGGUGCUUGACCCUGCUUUUGAUGGUUACUAGCAUUCCUACUAUAAGUAAUUGUACUUCAGAGGUAGGAAAAACAUUCCCACUAACCUUUACUUGCUUGGUGAAUUCUAUGAUUCUAGGGCAGAGCUUUCCAAAGUUUUCAUGUGGGUGACACACUUUUUAGACAUACAUCAUUUCGCAACACAGUACUGUAAUUCAGUUUUACUAGAAAACCAGAGGUUAAACUAACCCCUUUCCACCAGCCCCGGGAGGAGCGCGGGGAGCGUUCACGCAACACACCUGCACACUGCAGCUGACACACUAAUGUGUCGCGACUCAGUUUCUAAAGCUCUGUUCUAGGGUGUAUAGACUGUUAGUUGGUCUAGACAGUUCAUAUUUAUUUGAGCUCUUCAAAGGUGCUGUAGAAAUCUUAAUAACAGUCAUAUACUGCAUAAAGGCAGUAUAUGUGUAUGCUAUGUAUACUUAGCUGGCAGGCAGGAAUUCAAAUGAAAUAAGCUUGGCUUUUCAUGCCAAGAUGUCUUGCUAGGUAUAAACUGGUAAAAGUUUUGUGUUUAUGAAAUUAUAUGAACUUACUGGAGUUGUAGAGUAGCUAAGUAUAGAAAUGCAAAGGUGUAAAUAAAAUACAGACAGGGUGUUCUUCUUUGUGUUUCUGUUUGGAACAAGAACCUUUCAUGACCAGAAGUCUAUUACAGAGUUUCCUGUAUGCAUUCUGUAUAGUUGAAGGCUCUUUUUAUUCCACCCAGAAGUCCGUCGAUUCAUCACUUAAUGGAGCAGCAAAGAGUUUGUUUUAACUUAGCUUAAGACCUACUCAACUAUGAAUUUCCUUUUCUUAGUGGGUAAAAUGAAUAUUUAUUUAGCAAUCUGUGAUAAACCUAAAGAUGUACUUAGGAACUGGCAAUAGGUUGAGGAGACAAUGCAUUUGUUUUGCAAGGCUACUGUGAGUGGUACUUGAGACUGACAACAAUGAGGUGCGAAAGCUGCCAUAAAAUAUCAUAAGCGGUAAUAUGAACUAGCACCAGCCAGCAUAAAAAAAAGAAACCCUGUACCAUUAAACAGCAUAAACCUGGGAAUGCCUGCCUGAACCAAAAUUCUUCAGCUAGGACUGAAGGAAUAAAAUGUAUUUCUCUUGAAAGGGAGCUCCCUGAAGAUGGCAGUGAGUCCUAGCAGGUUGAAAGGCAUUAUGUAAAAUAAACAAAUGGGGGGGGGGAAUAAUUCUAAAAUUUAUUUAGUUCUAAUAAAUGCACAAUAUGGUAUGUGUGAUCCCAGCCAUACUAAAAUAUUUUCCUUCAGAGGCAGGGGAGCCAAAGAGUCACAGAUUCCAAAGUCUGAGAAUAAUUUCCACAAAAAUAAAUGAGUUUAAUUGCUUCCUUUACUUCCCUUCCACUACACACACCUUUUAGCCUUCCUGGCACCAAUGCACAGAAGCCAGUGAGACAAAAGUCCUACUGAUUUCAACCCAAGGAAUAUGGUGCUGGACUCAUUUUGCAAAUAUACGCAUGCUUAACUUUGAAAUGGGAAUACACCCUUGAAAAUGCUGGCAUUUCUUCACCUAGAGCUUAGGUUAGGGUAUUAAACAUAUAACUGUUAGAGGAACCAUUGGCCUACUUGGAUAUGAUGGGCUGAAUCACCCUGAGACCUCCAGAUGUAGGGUGGUAUAAUAAUAAUAAUAAUAAUAAUAAUAAUAAUUAAUAUAAAUAAAUUCCAGCGCAACAUUCGUGAUUUCAGUGGGAAAACCUGUCAGUUCAAUAUUUUUUGUGUAUAUACAUCCUAGGAUACAUGUAAUAGCAUGAUAGUUUUUGUAAAGGUCGCAGAAAGUAAAAUCUCAGCCUAAUUAAGAGUAAUCCAAGUCUCUGUUGUAUUUGUACACAUAUAUUAGACGCUGUGGUUUCGUCAUUUCCUUUUGCUAGUUCUGAACAGCACUCCACAAAUAUGUUCCCAGAACAUUGUGAAACUCCUAUGUGAAACAACGAAUUGAAUACACAGUUAGAUAAACAAGGCAGCUGUAGUACCAACAUUUGCUAUGUUAUGAAAAGGUGAAUAAAUAUUUGAUAGGUGGAAGCAGACCAAGAGCUGCCUAUUCGGCAAAGGACUGAGAUUAGACCAUGCUUAAUGUUAAAAUUAAGCAAUCUUCACUGCAAAAUAUAUUGUCUGCCCCUUUUGUUAAAGAGCAAGAUGGAAGCUGCUAGUGAAGUCUAAAUGUCUUGAUUCAAGUAAAGUAAAAUAUUUGAUGAUGGUGGGGUUUAUAGAUAGCCAGGCACACAAGACAGGAAUCCUUUUAUAAACUGUGUUUUGUGAACUGUGUUGUGUACACACACAUGCAGACAGGUUACUAGUGUUUGUGAAUCAACUUGCAAGGCUGAGCUAAGAAAAAAAACCAUUGGUAAUGUGAUAAAUUUUUAAAUUAUAAUAGUAUGCGUUUUCUUUGUGCGGCAAAUGAUUUACAUGCUGAUGAAUUCCAUCGUAGCUAGGGAUCAGAAACAGGGUGGCCCAUCUGCCUCUUUAGCUGCUAAUACAGCUGCUAAAGCAAUGAUAGCUGUGGGCUUGCCAGCAGCCUAGGAUGGGCAGGGGACAGUGGUCCACCAUCCUCAAGGAAGACCCUUCAAGAGAACUAUGGCCACACAGGCUGUGUGUGCAAUGCAGAACGAUCACAUUAUUUGCUGGCAUUCCUUUUCUUUUAAGUCAUUUUAAUGUUUUCAUGUUUUGUUCUCACAUUAGGGAGCACUACGGACAAAAAGUGGGACUUCAGCAGCAUUGAGAGCAAAUUUUCUUUAAGGACACCUGGGAAACCUGAUGAAGACACCUGCCUCAUAGUUCCUGGCCAGGAAACCAGUGUAGCGCAGUGCAGCUUCAAUCACACCAGUAAAACCUUUGUGGUUAUACAUGGAUGGACGGUAAGAGGGGUUGCACUUCUCCUGGUGCUUCACAGUUGCUUUCUGAUUCAGAGCGGUUUGAAUAGAGUCUAUUAGUGAAUUUUCUGUAUCAUUCUCAUAUGCUAUACCACUUUAAAUAGUUGUCACAUUUGUGGGUGGCAGAUAGCCUUCUGAGCUCCAUUUAGUGUUAAAAAGUCUUUAGACUUGUUCUUAGAAAUACAUAUUAUGUGUUUAUAAGUAAUUUGCAGCAAAUAUAAUAUUAAGCUUAAAAAAUAACUAUCAUAACCUUUAGCAAAAUAAGAGCAGCAGAGUUCAAUGAGAAAGCAAGGGCCAGUCUAGUGCAGGGUUUCCCAAACUUGGUUCUCCAGCUGUUUUUGGGACUACAACUCCUAUCAUCCCUAGCUAGCAAGACCAGUGGUGAGGGAUGAUGGGAAUUGUAGUCCCAAAACAGCUGGAGACCCAAGGUUGGGAAACACUGGUCUAGUCCAUCAUUCUGUUUCCACCGUUGGCCAGCCAGAUACUUCUGGAAGCCAAGAAGCUGUCAAGGGUGAGUUGUAGGCAGCUGUCAGAGGUGGUUCAAGAGCCAGAGAGUCAGGGCUAAGGGGCGAAGUCAGGCACAGAAGAAACACACCACUGUUGAAAGACCUUACUAUUCAGGUAGUGUCCCAGCCCAAACAGGGAAGGCUUUCUGAUUCAGGAGGGCCCAAUAAGACAGGGCCACCCAGAGCUUGAGAAUACUUCAUUGCUGGGAAGAUGUUCUUAGCUGAAUCACUUGCCAGGGCCCCAUAUGGAACUGAAGGUUCCCAGUACUAGCCCUGGUCCUUAAACAAGCCGGGCAUUAAGACCAGGGCAUUGUUCUUGUCUGACUCCAGCAUCUGGUAUUCAAGGGAUAUAUUGCCUCUGUGCAUGCAGUUUCCAUUUAGCUUUCAUGGUGAAUAGUAGACUUAUCCUUCGCAAAUGUGUCCAGUUCUGUUUAGGUAGAUUUUCAUGUUCUGCCUCCAUUCCAUUGCCUCCACAUGCCUCCGAAUGACAGUUGCUGGGAAUUGCAAGUGGGCAGACCUUGUGCUCAGGUCUUGCAGGCUUUGCACAGGCAGUGAGAGAACAGGUUGGCAAUUGUCAGAACAGGAUGCUAGACUAGACGAGUAGAGUUUCAUAUUCUUAUUUAAAGCCAUCUAGGCUACAAUUGAUCACCACAUCUUGUGAGAGGGAAUUUUGUAUGUGUUCACUAUACUAAUAAUAGGUCUAAAUUGGAAAUUUGUGUAUUCUGUGUGGAGUCCCCAGUCUGUGCAUCCUCAUUCUAUGAUUUUGAUGGUUCAGGCAGUGGCUGUUUAUAUAUAUACACAGCUAUAUAUGGGACGUAGGUGGCGCUGUGGGUUAAACCACAGAGCCUAGGGCUUGCCUAUCAGAAGGUUGGCGGUUCGAAUCCCCGCGACAGGGUGAGCUCCUGUUGCUCAGUCCGUGCUCCUGCCAACCUAGCAAUUCGAAAGCACAUCAAAGUGCAAGUAAAUCAAUAGGUACCGCUCCAGCGGGAAGGUAAACGGCAUUUCCAUGUGCUGCUCUGGUUCGCCAGAAGUGGCUUAGUCAUGCUGGCCACAUGACCUGGAAACUGUACUCCGGCUCCCUUGGCCAAUAAAGCGAGAUGAGCGCCACAACCCCAGAGUCGGUCACGACUGGACCUAAUGGUCAGGGGUCCCUUUACCUUUACAGCUAUAUAUAUAUAUUUCUUUUCUAUGGUUUUGUCAUGGCAUUUGGCUCGUACAGUAAAGCUUACUUACUUACUAUACUAAUACUGCUGAAAUCUGUCCUCAGUGAUUCCCAUCCCCCUAAAAUAUACCUUAGAUGCUGCUGUGAUAUAAUUCCCUAAUCAAACAUGCUUUUCUCUUAGGUUCCCACACUGGAAACCUUUGAAAAUUGUGUUAAUCUUGUGUGUUCAUACACUGCUUCCUUAGUUGGGGAGUCCCUGUGACAGCUUGAGACAGAAUAAUGUGGUUUCUAUUCCUGUCUUGCAGGUGAUUGGCAUGUACGAGAGCUGGGUCCCCAAGCUGGUAAAGGCUCUGUAUCAAAGGGAACCCCAUUCAAAUGUUAUUGUCGUUGAUUGGCUGUCUCGAUCCAGCUUACAUUAUCCAGAUUCUGCUGCCUACACAAAGGAGGUGGGAGAAGAUGUUGCCAAGUUUGUUGACUGGCUGGAGGUAAGCAGUUGCAUUCAUUUUUAGUGCAUAAUACAUUCAAGGAAGGGUAAAGGUGUAGAAUAUGUACUAUAAACGCUAUAUAUUAAAGCAUAGCUAUGCAGUCAGCGAAAUCUAGCGAUGCAUCUCUUGUUGAAGUGUGCCACAUGGGGCUGCAGGUGGGGCAAUUACAUGUUUAAAUAUUCUCCCAAUGGAGGGAACGUUCUGCAUAUAGACUGGGCAGAAGGCCAGUCUAGAGAACCUUCUUUCCAUCCUAUUGGAUUUCUGUCCAGGGAUUUUUUAAUAUGGAAGAACAUCUGAGAAUCCGAGCUGCAGCUUGAAGCGGUACACUUUGGCAAGGAUCACACCUCUUUGUCCUUCUUUUCUUUUCUUUGUCCUUAGUCUCCUGGAUAUAUGAAUAGUAGCCAUGCUCCCCCAACCUUGGGUCUCCAGCUGUUUUUGGACUACAACUCCCAUCAUCCCUGACCACUGGUCUUGCUAGCUAGGGAUGAUGGGAGUUGUACCCUGCUCUAGCGCAAGUUGAGUGGGUUUGUGGUAGGCUUCCUGCUGUAGUAUUUUUGGACUAAAUCAGGGGUGAGGGCCACAUUCUUGUAUAGAUAACCUUCUGGGAGCCUCAUUCCUGUGCUGGUAAGCACUGGAAGCAAAAUGGGCAUAGCAGUCAAUGUGAACUUUACCUUUGUACUGUAGGUUGGUGUACACACACACACACACACACACACACACACACACACACACUGUUCUGCAGCCUCCAUCCAAGCAGGAAAGAGGCAUGGUCAGAGUUCAAGGAGCCAAUCCAGGCAGGCAAAAGCACUCAAUGAAGGUGCAAAGCAGCGCUGGGCAUGACUUGGGUGUGUGUGUGUAGUCUGGGAGCAGCCCAAGUGCUAGGCUGGCCCCUGUUGCAAAUCAGUUCAUCGGCUGUUCAGUGUCAAGCAAGAUAAAAACUAUAGAUUUAGAGCUUAAUCUUUUUAAUAUGAUUUUUUUCAUAGGAGCAAUUCAGUUACUCACUGAACAAAGUCCAUUUGCUGGGAUACAGCCUUGGUGCCCAUGUUGCUGGCAUUGCUGGGAGUCUGACCACUAAUAAGAUUAACAGAAUUACUGGUAAGCUAAUAUUGAUGCCAUUGAGUUAAAAAAGGAAAGGUUGAAUGCCGUGGUUCCUUCCACGUUACAAAAUGAAUUAUCCUCAGAACAAAACCAGGAAAGGGUCAUUAAAAUGUUACAUAAAGGCUUUACAACCUUUCUGAAAUGGGAUGUAGUGCUAAUAGUUAUAGGAUUCUGUUUCUAGCAUCAUCACCAUCACCAUCAUCAUUUAUUAUUUAUACCCUGCCCAUCCGGCUAGGUUUCCCCAGUCAUUCUGGGCGGCUCCCGAAGGAUUAAAAACAGAAUAAAACAUCAAAUAUUAAAAACUUUCCUAACAGGGCUGCCUUCAGAUGUCUUCUAAAAGUCAGAUAGUUAUUUCCUUGACAUCUGAUGGGAGGGCGUUCCACAGGGCAGGCGCAGGUGCAGUUGAGCGCUAUUUAUAUCUGUGGGAAUUUUGCCAUUGAACUGAAUGAGAAAUGGGGAGGAAUUCAAUGUUACACCAAUCCAUUGGUACAAGUAUUUCUACUUUCCUGACAAAACAAAUCUCCCCUGUCCUCCCACUAGGGUUCUUCCAAUCCUCAUUUGCGGAAAGAGAGGGGGCAAAGGCCCAUUGUGCUAGUGGGAGACCUUGCACUGGCUUCUGCUAGAAUGCAAGGUUAGGUGAAUCCGGCCUAUGGAACUCUACCACUAAUAUUCAUUCUUUUAGACCAGAGUUUUCCAAAUUGUGUGUUGUGACACGUUAGUGUGCCAGCUGCAGUGUGUAGGUGUGUCAUGUGAAUGCUCCCUGCACUCCUCCUGCAGCUGCAAAGGGGUUAGUUUAACUUCUGGUUUGCUAGUAAAACUGAAUUACUGUGUCGCGAAAUGAUGCACCAUAUGUCUUUAAAAAAGGGUAUCACCAACAUGAAAAGUUUGGGAAGCUCUGUUUUAGACAAUGUGCCGUACAAAAGCAUCACACUUACAGGGAUUUCUAACAGUUUUCUUCCCUCCUAAGGUUUAGAUCCUGCUGGCCCUAACUUUGAAUAUGCUGAGGCAUCCGUACGCCUUUCCCCAGAUGACGCUGUCUUUGUAGAUGUCCUGCACACUUUCACAAGGGGGUCCCCAGAUCGCAGCAUUGGAAUACAGAAACCUGUUGGCCAUGUUGAUAUCUACCCUAAUGGAGGUAUCUUCCAACCUGGUUGCAACGUCGCGCAAGCCCUGCUCCUGAUUGCAGAAGGAGGACUUCAGGGUGAGUUUUCAAGUCUGAUUCUUAAUAAAGGCAUAAAUAUGACCGAAAGCUAGUGGUUAAUUGUGUUCAUAUGUGCUACUGAACAUUAAAUUCUUCUGAAAACUUGCUCCCCUUUUUUCAGAUCCUUCGCAGAAACAUCCAUUAAUUUUAUACUUCUUCUUGUUUGAAUUCACGCUUAUUCCAAGUUUAGCUAGAUUUUUUUUUUUUUUAGUUUCCCAAUCACAUUAUCAAUUCUCAACUGGGGAAUUCAAGAGAUGCAGUGGAUGAAUGGUUAAGAAAACACUCAAUAUUCUCCGGAGGUGUUAUGCAUUAGAGAGCUGCUUAUUUUAAUGUUGGAUGGCUAGGUCCAGCAUAUCCACUGCAAAUGGGGACUUGACCCACAAUAUUUUACAAGUAAAAUACAAUCAACAGUGUCAUAGAAUACAUCAUUCUUAAAUGUGUUAGAAACACUCAUUUUUAAUUUAUGAUAGCUUAAUCAACUAUGGGACGCGGGUGGCACUGUGGGUUAAACCACAGGACUUGCUGAUCAGAAGGUCAGCGGUUCGAAUCCCCGCAAUGGGGUGAGCUCCCGUUGCUUGGUCCCUGCUCCUGCCAACCUAGCAGUUCGAAAGCACCUCAAAGUGCAAGUAGAUAACUAGGUACCGCUCCAGCGGGAAGGUAAACGGCGUUUCCGUGUGCUGCUCUGGUUCACCAGAAGUGGCUUAGUCAUGCUGGCCACAUGACCCGGAAGUUGUACGCCGGCUCACUCGGCCAAUAAAGCAAGAUGAGCGCCGCAACCCCAGAGUCGGCCACGACUGGACCUAAUGGUCAGGGGUCCCUUUACCUUUAAUCAACUAUAGCCUUCAAGGUAAUAGUAUUUAACCUAUAUCAUAUAUAUGUGAGAAUUGAUCUUCAUGCUGGUCCCUAUUACAUUGGUUAUUUCUUCUUAUCUAUAGUGAAAAUCCUUACAUUGGAACGAGCAGAAAAAUCACAUUUCUUCUUUUUCUAGGGGGGGAAAUCUGCAUCAUUGAAACUUACUCAUUUUGGCCUCCAAAAAGUCAAAACUGGAGGCCAUUUACGGCGCCUGCAUAUAUUGUAUAUGUUGUUUAACAAAGGGAACGCAUCUGUAAGCUGUGCAUCCGUAACAUAAUGGCUUCCUUUUCCUUAAAGACGCAGAUCAGCUGCUGAAAUGCUCCCAUGAACGCUCCAUUCACCUCUUCAUCGAUUCCCUCUUGUACGAGGAGAAACCAAUUAUGGCCUAUCGCUGCAACUCAAAAGAAGCGUUUGACAAAGGGCUCUGCUUGAGCUGCAGAAAGAACCGCUGCAACAACUUGGGCUACAAAGCCAACAGAGUAAGAAGCAAGAGGGGCACCAAGAUGUACCUGAAGACUCGAAGUCAAAUGCCUUACAAAGGUAAAAGUGGUGACUUUCUCUAUUCUAUUCUCUGGGGGUUUUUUGUGCGUGAAUAUAAAUAAUUUAAAGAGAAUGAUGGAAAAGCCUGGUAGUUCUCUUGCAUAGGCACUACUUAUUCAAAGGAGCUUGUGCAGGAACCUUCCACCUGAAUCAUGCCUCUCUUUCCCCGAGUAAGGAGAGAAGCAGACUGCGGCCGUACCAGCUGUUUUGUCUGGAUCUGACAUUGUUAAUUUUGCUGGUCGCCCACCUCUGAACUGAGUUGGGUCUCCCCUCGAUAACAGCUGGAAUCAAUCUAGCCUACCUCAGAUACUGGCACAGACUAAAUGCCUCUGAGGGCCAUAUUCCUACUAAGCUCUUCUGGUUAGAGCAACUAAAAACAAGUGGCUGGGUGCAAAAGUGUCACAAUAAGUUUAGGGCUUAAAAUCUCCAAAUGGAGAAAUAUUUGGCCCUGAGUUCACAUGACCUUAGAAAUUGGAUCUUUGACCAGAAUGCCAAUCAAGAUAGAGCAUCCAUUAUAGCUGCUCGUUACUCUUCCUGGUACCCCCAAAUUAAGAUCAACCAUUCAAGACCUUGAGACACUGACUUUCCCAUGACUGAGUGGGGCAUUUGUUGAACUAAGGUUCCAACAGAUGCCCUCAGCAUACUUAGAGGGGAGAUACCUGGGAAUUCCCAAUAUGGAACACAAAUGCAUUGAUGGAUGCAAUCAGGUUGAGGAUAUCAUGUGCUACCUGCUAAUUUGCCCCCACUGUAUACAGUAUAGGGCCAAUCCCCCUAGGAAGUGGCAGUCGGACUCUGAUAAAGAUCUACAGAUGACACACCUGGUACCCAAAUUUGCUCUGGCAGCUAAGAAGCUCCGUUCCAGACAUAUUAAUGCUCUCUAAUUUUAAAAUUUCAUGCUGUAAACUUUUUAUGCUGCAGACUUUUAUAGGGUAUGUCAUGCAAUUUCAGAGGAAAGCUUUGCCUUGCCCUCAGCUGUACAUUGUAAAAGCCUUUGGCUAUGCACAAUAAAUUGAUUGAUUGAUUGAUUGAUUGAUUGACAUUGUUAAUUCAUUCCAUUAUUGUCCAGAAUCCAGUCAUAAUGCAAAAAACCAGCAUUGUUUGCAGAUAUGAGAUAAUCAGAUAAAGUUCUAUGAUUGGGUAUAAAUUGAUUUAUACCCCACCUUUCCAUCACAUGAUACAGAAGGUGAUUAUCAAUGGAUUUUAUGAUCUUUUGUUAACUGAUGGUGAAUAAAUCUUACAAAACUGACUUUGUGACUUGGAUGCAGAAGUAUUGAUAUGCUUGAAUAAAAGUAGUGGCUUCUAACUCAAGAUAAUUAAAAAGAAUUGAAUUUAGGUUUUUCAUCUGUUGUUUUUGGUCUCUCUUUUUGUUGCUUAGUCUAUCAUUAUCAAGUCAAGAUCCAUUUUUUCGCAAAGGUGAAUACAACCAAGAAAGACCAGCAAUUCCGUCUCUCUUUCUAUGGCACGAAGGAUGAAAGUGAGAAUAUUGCAAUUUCACUGUGAGUAUUGACAAACAACUGCAUUUAUUUUGGGUAGUAGAAACGUUAAAUGUAUGGACAUACAGACAGACAGACACACACACACACACACACACACACACACACACACACACACACAGAGUUAUACAAAGACUCUAUAAUCAAUCAGUCAUGCAGAGGCUUGCUUCUCAGUCUGCAUCUUGUAGUCUGACUGACUCCAAAACACACACCUCAAAACACUUCAGCAUACAAAGGCAGCCAUCCAGUUUGAGAAAUAGUUAAGGAGCUAAGCAGCUAUGCAGGGCAGAGAGUAAAAUCACUUUGCCUCUUUCUGUAUUAUGGGACUCAAUUGACCAGGUAUGGCAAAAGCUUCAAAUUGCUUAGGAGUUGUGUUGUGUAAAUGAUAAAGCUAUGAGUAGAAGUCAUAUGUGUUGUUCUUUGUGUAUGCAGAUCUCCACCCAUUCACUUUAAAAUAAAAUAAAAUGAAGAGUUCAGUAGGCGCUGUAUUUUUAUGCCCUUAUGUCUCGUGACUUAAUCACAUAGAUAACUGAAUUUUUAUUGCUGAGUUCCUCUAAUCAUAUCUUUGUGUACAAAGAUUACAGUCACAAGGCAGUUAGGGCACCUAAGUCCACCAGAGAUUUAAAAUUAAAUCUGAACUUCCUUCUCCCAUGUGAGAUUCUGUGGGCAGACGUAGUCUUAAUACAGUGGUACCUUGGGUUACAGACAGUUCAGGUUACAGACGCUUCAGGUUACAGACUCCACUAACCCAGAAAUAGUACCUCGGGUUAAGAACUUUGCUUCAGGAUGAGAACAGAAAUCGUGCUCUGGCAGUAGUGGGAGGCCCCAUUAGCUAAAGUGGUGUUUCAGGUUAAGAACAGUUUCAGGUUAAGAACAGACCUCUGGAACGAAUUAAGUUCUUAACCCGAGGUACCACUGUAAUGGUAUUGAACAAUGGGUUCUGUCUCUACUUCAUGCUCUUGUUUUGAGUUGUCUCAGCUUGGUCUGUUGCAAGCCACUGUCGCACUUUCUCUCUCGUGUGCCUGUGUGGAUGCUAAAAUAAGGAUUGACAUAGUGGGUAGAAUUGAUUAUUUAGUGGAACAUCUUUGCUCCUAUACAUGUUUGAUACGAUGUGUGCUAUGUCCUAUGAGCCAGCACCUUAGUCUUUCCCAUGUUUCCUCAUUUAAGAAACAACUGCAUUCUCAGAUAACUGAAUUCUUACAAGGUUUCAGGGAAGUAUUGCCUAAGCAUAGAUUUUCUUUUUUAACAGGCCCGAGAUCUCCACAAACAAAACUCAUUCGUUCCUGAUCUACACAGAGGUUGACAUUGGGGACUUGCUCAUUGUCAAAAUCCAGUGGGAGAAAGGCUCAUUUCUCGACUGGGCCGAUUGGUGGGGUACCCCUGAGUUUGGCAUCCAAAAAGUCAGAGUCAAGGCUGGAGAAACCCAGAAAAAGUAAGAGAAUGGAUUGUGCCGUGUGUGUCAUUUACCUUGCAGCGCAUUUUGCUUUCAUCUAGGACUAGUUGCCAUCUAUCCAUUCUCUGUGAAAGUGGUAUGCUGAAAUUUUCUGUGGAUGGGAAACCCAGAUGAGUUCAGGCAGGGCUGGUGAACCUGUGGCCCUCCAGCAUGGCUCAUGGUCAGGGAACAUGGGAUUUAUGAUCCAGCAAUAUCGGAGUUCCACGGGUCCACCACACUUGAGUUAAAACAUCUCUACUAGCAGAGUUGAGAGAGACCUUGGCACCAUGAGGUGCACCAUGUGAGCGAAAGGCAGUUCUUCUCAUGCAAGGGAGACUCCCCUCACCACCAGCAGCCUUCCACACCAUAUCCCACAUUGUUUGAGGGUCCUCUGACUCUUGUGAUAAGCUGCUUUGGGGAUGCUGGAGGAUGGAGAGGAACAGCCCAUUCAGUGAGCCGAAUACUUGGCACUCUCUGGACACUUUAGACCAUGGGUUGGCAAACUAAGGCCCGGGGGCUGGAUCUGGCCCAAUUGCCUUCUAAAUCCGGCCCAGGGAUGAUCCGGGAAUCAGCAUGUUUUUACACGAGUAGAAUGUGUGCUUUUAUUUAAAAUGCACCUCUGGGUUAUUUGCGGGGCCCGCCGGGUGCUUUUACAUGAGUAGAAUGUGUGCUUUUAUUUAAAAUGCAUCUCUGGGUUAUUUGUGGGGCAUAGGAAUUUGUUCAUUUCUUUCCUCAAAAUAUAGCCCGACCCCUCCCCCCCCAAGGUCUGAGGGACAGUGGACCGGCCCCCCGCUGAAAAAGUUUGCUGACCCCUGUUUUAGAGUGUCUCCCAAUCAGAGUAGACAAUAUUGAGCUCUAUUAGCCAAUGGACUGUCUUAAUAUAAGGUAGUUCCAUACAGUCAAACUCCCAGAGAGAGCAUAGAGGUGGGCUGCCUGUCCUCUAGAGUGCAAGGAAUCAUCAAUACAUUGUGCAGCAAGCAAGGAGGAAAUGCUGUGAUAUGGUCCAGUAAAAGUUUUACCAUAUAGGUUUGCUGACAGUGUCAAUAGGAUAAUCAGCAAGCAACAUUCCCCCCCCCCCCAGUGUUUUUCUAAUUUAGUCUUCUGCUAAAGAUCAGACUUCAGUGGGAGUAUAUAAUUGUAAUACUUCUCUGCACUAUACAGUGGAAGCUUGCAGUAUUAAAUCUUUUACAAAAUACGGUCCAGGAUGGUAUUUUUAAUGUCACAAAAUCUUUGUGGUUUGUAAGCAUAACUUGCUUCUCUGGAAUAAUUGAAAGUGCCAUAUGUAUAAUUUCAUCAUAGAAGAAAUAAAGUAACAUGUUAACCUGUCUCCUCCCUGCAAUUAUAAAAUGCCACUAUUCAGAAGACUUUUCCAGUGUAAGAAACAGAUUAAAUAACAAGAGAUAAGACGUUGCAUUUAGGAUGGUGUAUUAAUAGCUGUUUCGGGAAAGAGCUAUGGUAAUAUUCUGUGUACUCUGCAGGUUGGUGUUCUGCUCUCGCGAUGGAUUCUCUUACCUCAAAAAAGGAGGUGGAGCUGUGGAAUUCGUGAGAUGCCUUGGAAAAAACUCCAUUGAUCACGAUUCAUGGUAAGAACUUUGCAGCUGUAUCACUGAGAACUCGGUCAUGAGUGAUGAGUUGCCACCACCUUUCUCACAGGGGGUGGGGCAGGGCAGUGGCGGGUUUGGAACUGCACAGGAACAGUGGCAGACAUGAUCCAGCACUUCUGCCGGUGCGCCCUCACAGCCCUUACGUCAUCACUGCCCUGCCCCAUCUCAGUCUGAUUCAGGCAAGCUGCAGCAGAGGCAUUGUUAGUUAGCAAGGUUAGUAUCUUGAGUACAGCAGCUCCACCCCACCACACAGGUCACUGUAGAAUCCAACCCAUGCCUGCUCUUCCUAAAUGGUGAUUAAGAGCCAAGUUCCAUUAUAAGCGAAAUCAGGUGAUGCACUCUUGCUAGACUGUACCUCAGUGACAUGGGGCCAGUUAGGGCCAGAGGUGCCACCUUGAGAGCGAUUGGGUUGGUGUGUGUGUGAGCAUCGUGCCUCCCUCCCUAAGCUGGGCAGAAUCUUUCUGGGCUUUGGGAAGGAGGUGCCAGAAGAACAUUUAAGGGGCUAGACUAGAACCCCCCAGUCCACUGACCGCACAUACUGCAGGGUUCUCCUCGUUCUGUACGUAACCUGCUAGGGCAUUGUAGAGAAAGUCAAACAUAACGCUUCUCUCUGAUUGUGUGCAGGCAUCCUCCCAUGGGAUAUAAUUAAAACAUAUGCUCUGCAUUCUGAGGGAGAGGGGGGAAAAAGCACAAACCACCAAAUACUUGCGGGAAUGUUCAGGGAUGCAGGAGAGGAUAUAUUGUUUGAUUAUACCCUUUCCAACUUGUGUUAACAAGUUCUACAAUUUAGCUGAGUAACAUUCCCCUUUUUAAACUUGCACAGCGGAUGCGUUUGCUCAGGCUCGCUAAAGCCUCUAAAAUACGUUUCCUUGGUAAUUCCCCAUUUAGUCCCUCACAAAAAGAUAGACAUGACACAGUCUUCUAUAAAAGUAUAAAAAGAGUUCACUCACACAUUCUGUUCACAAAUGGAUCCCAGAAGGCAGACCUAAGUUACAAAAGUAAUAUACACCUGGAAACGAUCCCAUAAGGAGACAGCUCCUUUGUCCUCUUGGCUGGAAGCCAAGACGAAUGUGGUCACAGAGAGAGAGAUGGCUGACCAGUCCUACUCUUUGGUUACCUUUGCAGGUGAGGUCACACCUAACUCUAGUCACAUGCAGAGGAAGUCUGUCCCAGCCUAGGAGGAACAGGAAGUUCCGACUGUCUGGUCCAGACAUCCGCUUUUAUGUCCACUCUAGGGAUGUUGUACUUGACUGCUCUUGUGUUUCACAUCCCACAAUACUGAACCCUGGUGGGCUCAUGCCGACAAGCUAUUGUAACUGACCCCUCUUCUGCCUUCUGUCAGCAGUUCCCUCCCCCUCCCCAAGUUCAAUCCUGCUGUGCCCACGGAUCUCAUGUUCCUCUUUCUUUGCCACCCCAUUGUUUUCUUUUUAGAGACCAGGUCAAGUCACGAAAUAAAUAUCGGCGCUUGAGUUCCUCGGAGACUAGCAAGUGGGUGAAGAAGUUCCAUUCAGGGAAAGAGCCAGUAUGUUGGCUGUUCGGGGGCUGAACCCAUUGAAAUAUUUAUUGGUCUUCUGCAAUGCUGUCUACUUUCUUCGUUGCUCUAAGAGACUCUCGCCCAUCCCAGGCUCUAGACUGGUUGCACCAGAAUGCGGUUGGGGUUGCCCAGUUGAACGCACACCCAACUGAAAUGAAUGCAGUGCAAUAGACAACAUUUUCAACGAGGAUUCAAAUCUUCACUGUAUUCCCGAUCCAGCGAAUGGUAUGCGUGCAGAAGCCUACUUUAAAAUAUGGGGAUGCCCUUCUCUGGGUCAGAGUAUUUUUGUUUUAUCUCAGUAUGCAAAAGAGCGCACAUUAGCCAACUGUUCUUUUUUAAAGAAGCCUCUCACAUUGCAUUGAGAGCAAACUACCAUAAUUGUCACACCACCUUGUUACAGUUUCUCACUUUUUUAUAAUGUACUGUGUGUAAAAAAAAACCAAAACUAUUUAUUGAAAGGCUAGAUAUUUCAACUGAUGAGUUUGUAUUUUUAUAGGUUUUUUUAAUGAUCACCUGGACAUUUUGCUGGACAAUUUCCAUUCAGGUCAUUCAUUCAGUGUUGCAUCCUUUGACUGAAAUGCAAUAAUUUCACUUGAAGGGGGAGGGCAAUAGAUAGAGUUCUCACUUAACAUAUUCCUGUUAUAUACAUUUCUCCUCCAACCCUGAGCAUGACUGAAAGACUGCAGGGUGAAGUCUCUGCAGUUGGUCAGCACUUAUGUACACUUAGGUAUUACUUAUUGAACACUUACUUUUUAAAUAGGAUAAUAAAUUUUCCAGAGAAGAAGCUAGCAUUUUUUUUAAUGUCCUGUCUUCAUUUUUUUAAACAAGAAUGCAGUGCAUCUGUAUAAAAACAUAUGCACUCUCUGGCACUGUACCAAGCAAUUAGUAAAAAGGAGUAACAGUUUGUUAAAAGAUUGCAGGAACACUAUUUCCGUUAUCAAUUUCAAUUUGGCAACUCCUAGUCUUGAGCAAUUGUUACAGCUGCAAUCAUUGUUCCUAGGACUAGGAUAAAGGACAAACACGUCUUUGUUGCUGGUAUUCUUAAAUUUGGGGAUGUUACCUCUUUUGUUGCUCAUCAAUAUGAAGAACAGCAGAAGCUUGAAUAACAGUGUUUGUCUGAAAUCAUGCAGGUUUUAACAAAAAGCAGUAUUGCACACUUUUAGAAUAUGCACACUUUCAGAUUAUGCACAAACAUUACACCCUUUGAAUCAGAAAGUCAUGGACACAUGGACAAGCUAUAAAUCAAAGGGGUCUUAAGAAGUAUUUACUAGAAUGCUCAAAAUACUUUAGUAGUCUUUUCAGUUUUGUAGCCGAUAACUCAGUUAAAACAAAAAGCUGUUGUUUUAUGAGGAUACCUGAAAAAGCAUACCUGGAAAUAUAUAUGUACUGACCUAUCUCUUGUUCCGAGGGGCUAUCUGACAUUUAAUAUUCAUUGUUUGAGCAAAAACAUGUCACAAAUAAAUUGUUACCAAAAUCCUGUGUGUGGUGACAAAACUGUGGUCCAGGACGCACAUACCCCAGUCUAACACAACAGAAACUGCAUCCUUCAAGAACAUUCUUUUUAAAAAAGAAUUUAUAGUAGUUUAGCUGGCUCAAAAAUGAUUUCUAUGCCCUGAUGAACUAUGGUGUAGGCAGGAUAAUUGAGUUUGAUAACUAAGUAUUGAAGGAGAUCUAUAAAGAUAAGGCAGUGUUUCUUCUUGACGAAAUUUCAUACUUCCAUUUUCAAAUUCCUGAAAAGUGAGGGUUCAGUAUCUAUAAAUGUAUUAUGAAUUGCACAUUUCAAGGCAAAAUCAAAUAUAAAUAUCAACAGCAUUUGAUCACCAAAUGGUGAAGUAUUUUAUAUGUGAGAAAAUAAAACUAGGCUUUAAAUGUUCUUAUUUAUUAUCUGUAAAAUACCUGUAUGUAUAUGUGCCAAAAGGUUAGUUUGUAUAUAUUGCUGAAGUUAUCACGGCUAUAUGCAUAAUAAAAAAAAGUGCCAAUUUUUCUAAAUGAGAAAUUAUCAAUCAGUUAUAUGAAAAAUGCUGCAAUGAAAAACCUUUCCUCCUCCCCAAGAUGCAUCUCCAUUUUGUACUACACUGAAAUAUGAAAGCUUAUUAAAAGUUAAUUUAGAAUGAAA